AUGGCAAACCUUCUUAUAGCUGCUAUUGCUGCUUAUUUAGGUUACAGAACUGUUCGUCGAGUUGGUUCAGCGUAUUCCAGUGCAAAAGAAGAAAUGUAUGCACAACAAUACAGCAAUUAUAAUGAUCCUAAUGAUUAUUAUAAUCAAGGAUAUUAUCAAAAUUCGUAUCCAAACAAUUAUCAAUCAAGUGGUCGUCAAGUGGCAUAUCCAUCACCUAGUGGCUACCCACAUCAUAGUAGACAUCAUUCUCAUAGACCUGGUUACUAA